UUCCCCGCAAGGUGGCGCCAUGAUGCAAUCUUUGUGUUUUUUACUCCCUAAUUUUUUAAUUUAUUGAAAUAGUAAACAUUCCCUUAAUUAAGUUCUACAGGAUGCAAGUGGACGAUUUGUUGGUCUCGAUAGAUCCCAAUGUGGACUACAGCCAGGUAUGUUUUUAACGCCAAAAAUAAUCAGACAAAAAAAAUAAAGACAAAUAAAAUUUAUAGUUUUGUAAUUCUUGAUUAUCAGAUUGCACCCGUACACCAAAAACAUACAAUAGCGUUUAUUAAUCAGUUUACAAUGCAAACGGUUGCGUUUUUAAACAAAUUUGCUCAAUCUUGUGAAUCGAGGUUGAUGGAUUUUGAAUACAAGUUGCAGAAAGUUGAGGCCUCACUUUUGAUAUUAGAGUCGCAAUUGUCUUCGAUAUCUGGACUAGAUAAUGAUGAAAAUUCCAAUAAAGUUGAAAUAAAGACUGAAGAGUCAGUGUUAGUCGAAUUACCUGAAAUAGUUUUUGCAACCGUGAAAACCAACAAUGAACCAAAUAUUCUUGUAAAUAAAAACGAAAAUAAUGGAAUUAAGGCUAGUGAAGACCCCAGGUACAAAAAGUUUUUUAAAAUGGUACAUUUUGGUGUUCCUGGACCAGCUGUUAAAAUAAAAAUGCAGAAUGAGGGAAUAGAUCCAAACAUACUUGACACUCCAAAUGAAGUAAUACCAGGACUUGAAAACUACAAAGCUCCAGAAUCAGAUUCUGACAGCUCAAGCAUUUAAAAUUACUUAUGUUGUAAAUAAUUGAAGAAUAAAACUUUUAAGUU